UAAAGAUUUCCUCGAGACAUAUUGUGAUUCAUUGCACUUUUGGAUUGUCCUGAAUGGUGGUCAUGAAUUUUCUAUUUGCGAUUGCCACCACCCUCCAUUUCACCUCCAUCGCCUCAAAGAAACUCGACUUAUCCUCCGAAGAAAGUAUAGAAAACAUCCUCUUCUACAAAGACUACAGGCCCAAAAAGCAAGAGCCAGCACCAUUGCCACCUGAACGGUUAGUGUUGCCAGCACAACCAAAACAGCCAGAGUGCAUACCUCGAAUGUGCUGUUCCAUGUCUUGUUCGAAUUCCUGCGGACAAAAUGAAAUAGGCCCUGAUAGCCUUCAGCGAAGUCAACCUAUGAAUUUUAUGAAUACUGGUAACUCAAAUCCUUUUAGGUCUAUGAAUUCUAUAAAUCCUAUGAAUUCUAUGAAUUCCAUGAAUUCCAUGAAUUCUAUGAAUUCUUUGAAUCCUAUGAAUUCAAUGAAUCCUUUUAACUCAAUGGGCCCAAGGAACCCAAUGCCAACUAUGCCACCAACGCCACAGCAGAAGCCAAUGCCACAAUUUAUGAAGCAGCCGAAGAAAAAGAAGCAACCACCGGUACUAUUACAUACAAGAAGGGACAGCGGCAACGCUAGAGAACAUAUCAAGAGCCUCAUAUCCCAGGAUGAGGAUAUUAAGAAGAUUCUAAAGGAUUUGGUGAAGGUGACGAUGAAGAAGGUGGACUUGCUGGAGAUGAUCAAAGCGAGGAGAGCUGUGGCGAGCGGGAAUUUUGGUUUAAAUAAUGGUGAUGAUGAUGAGGAAGAAUUGUGAUUGGUAAAUGAAAGAAACUAAACUAAUUUUACAAUGUUUCGCCUUUAUUGCCCGGAAGUCUUUCAGGCCAAUCAAAUUAUAUCCAAAAAAAGCGUUUUGAGGAAUAAAUUCCUGCUGAAAAUCUAUUUAAUACCUUCAUUUGGUCCUAAAUGCGUGUAAUCCGAGUUUGCCCAAUCCCAGGAAAUCAGCAUACAUUUUGCGUGUCUUGGGAGAUACAUUUAUCCUUGGAUUGCUAAAUAACUCCAUGUAAAGGAACCCACCAUCAAUUACAAUGGCACUACUAGCAAGAUUUUGUGGAUCACACUGUGGUGAAAAGGAGUUUUCGGAUUUUAACAUGAUUAUACCAAAAAUUGAGAAAUUAAUCUUAAGAUACCUGUCAGAUCUUCGGAUAUCAAUUUUCAUAAUUAUUAGAGCCAAUUUUCCGUCGGACCUACCAUUUUGGAACUACAAGCAAAAAACUGAAAACGAGUAAAAUUGAUGCACACCUCCUGGGAUCGUACAAAUGAUUGUGAUCAUAUUACAGGACCAAAUGAAGGUAUUGAGACGAUUUCCAACUUGCUGGGCAAAAAAAAUCUAAUUUGAUUGACCUGUUUGUGAUGUAUUGUACUCAAAGAGUUUUUCCAUGAGUAAGUACAAGCCAUACUUGUAAGUAUAUAUGUAUAGAAAAUGUCUACGUUGUUGUUUUUCUAAUACUCGUCCCUAAAUGGAUUCGAUUUACAUCAGCCUAUUUUCUAAACUGACGUCUUUCGCAGACUGUACAUUUUU